AUGUCUUCCCAAACCCGUGUCAGAUCCCGCUCGUCCGUCGAGCACAUCUUCGACCUGGUCGAAGGUCUCGACGAGGACCAGCUGCACAACCUGCUGCACGAGCUCAACAGCUCCACCGAAACCAAUGUGCCCGUGUCCAAGGGCGUCGAGUACUUUGAGGAGCAACGCCGAGCCCGAGCAGAAGCAAAAGUCCUGCGCCCGACGCCCUCCUUCCUGAACUCACCGCACGAGCCCGUCGACUGGCCGCGUCAGAAACCCAGGCCUGUGAGCGGCUCGCAAUGGCGACAGAGCAUGCGUGUCGUGUCGACGCCCUACGGUAACCUGGGGAGGCACCAGACUGAGCCCAUCAGCCCUCCACUAACCGCCAGCCCACCAUCGAGCCCGCCGCUCAGCCCGCCCAGCACCGAGAGCCCACUCAGCCCGAGGCGGACAGUCACCACGCCCAUACUGCCCAUGGAGAAGUCGGCCAAACACGAGAUCGAGUCACUCCCGCUGCAGAGGCCACUCAGCCCACCGAGACACGACGACGACGGACGAGAGCGCGAGUCACGGCCAUCGCUGCACGAAUUCGGCGGCUUCAGCUUCGGCUUCGACGGUGCCGCCGGACCCUCAGAGCCGGAAACACCACAUCAGCCCAAGAAGGAAGUACGCCCAGUCAGCCCACUCUCGUCGCAGCAGCAGGGCGGCACACCUCCUCCACCACGCGCCGACUUCAACAGGAUCAGCACCAUGCCGCUGCCCAGCUUCGCCAGCGGCUCGGCGAUGGAUAUGCUGCACGACCUGCCGCGGCCGCGCACGUCGACGGGCGACGCCGCCACGACCGCCAACUCCUUCAAGCCCCGCGCGUUCCGCCGCAUCAGCAGGCCGCAGUUCCUCUCGCCCGUCAACAUCCCCACGCCCGACGCCCUCGCCGAGCGCCUGUCGGAGUACUUCUUCGACGGACCGUCGUCGCCGCCCGCGGCCCCCGCGAACUUCUCAGCAUUCCCGACAAGCUCCCGGCCGUCCGAGCCCGAGCUCUCGAUGGAGCAGAUGCUCAAGGAGCCGCAGGCGCCGCGGAGCAAGCUCGUCUUUGGGCGGGUGGAGAAGGAGGUGCCGAAUGUCGGCAUCUUUGAGGUCCUGACGGAAGGCUAG